AUGCAGUUCUCCGCCGCCGCCGUCCUUGCCCUCGCCGCCUUCGUCUCUGCCCAGGCCGCCUCCGCUGCUUCUGAAGCUGGUGGUGCCGUUGUCUCCGGUGCCUCCGGUGCCGCUGCCGCCGCUUCUUCUGCUGUCAUUGGCUCCGAGUCUCAGGCCGCUUCUUCUGCUGCCUCUUCUGCUGCUGAGUCUGCUUCUUCCGCUGCCUCUGAGUCCGCCUCCUCCGCUUCCGCCUCCGAGUCCAAGGCCUCUGAGUCCGCUUCCAAGUCCGCCUCCAAGGCUUCUGAGUCUGCUUCCAAGGCCGAGUCUUCUGCUGCCAAGGCUUCCUCCGCUGCUGGUUCUGCUUCUUCCGCCGCUGCCUCUGCCACCAAGUCUGGUGAUGCCUCCGGCUCUUCCAAGCCUUCCGGCUCUGCCUCCUCUACCGGUGACAAGUCCGGUGCUGGUAUUGUUGCCCCCGCUGUUGGUGCCAUCGUUGUCGGUGCUCUUGCUCAGCUCAUCUAA